AUUUUAGUCAUUUUAUAAGUUUAUUUUUUGUCCCCAUAUGAUCCAUCAUAUUUAUUAGUUUUAUUAUGAAUCAUUAAUGUCAACAAACGAUGACUCAUUUCCAUGUCACAUUGCUUUGAUUGGUCCACUAUCAUAUCUUUUAUUUCCCACUAAUAUUCAUCCAAAUCAUGCUUCAUUAACAAUCAAAAAAAUAAAUAACUAAAUAAUAAAAAUAAUAAUUAAAUAAAUAAACACUAUUCAUAGCUGCAGAUAGCAUGUUAUUGUCUCCUAAAGGGUCUUUUAGAUUUUAUUCUGUCCCCAUUUAGAUAUAAAAAGCCAAUUCUAAAUCAUUACUCCAUCACCUUUUAUUUUAUUACAUGUUGCCUUUUCUUGAUUUCUCUAUGCUUACUUAAAUCUUCUUGUUUAUAACUUAAUUAUCAGGAUUCUCUUGAUCUUCCAAUAUAUAAUUCAAUUCAAUCUGGUAAUUAAUUAAAGUUCCGAAAAGGGGUUAUUAGGCGAUCGAAAAAAAGAAAAAAUGACGAUCACAGCCGCGCCGGUGAUCAAGAAUGGUUGCCUCAUUGUUAGGGGCAAUGUUGUCCUAACACAAGUUCCGGACAAUGUGUUCAUCUCUCCAUCAGGUUCAAAAUCAGCUUUCAUUGGAGCCGAUUCGACGAACUCGGAUUCUCGACACAUAUUCAAUUUUGGAGUUCUUGAAAAUCGCAAGUUCGUGUGUCUAUUCGUAGCAAAGAUAUGGUGGAUGAUCCCGCGUAUUGGAAAAUCGGGUAGCGAUAUUCCUUUGGAGACGCAGAUGCUUCUGAUUGAAGCAGAAGAAGAUUCUGUUUCGAAUUUAGUAAAUGAAGAAAAAUCGAACGUAAAUAAAUUUUACGUUCUUGUUUUGCCCGUUCUCGAUGGAGCUUUUAGGACAACUCUUCAAGGGAAUGAAUCAAAUGAGCUCCAAUUCUGCUAUGAAAGUGGUGAUCCUCAAGUACAAACUUGUCAAGCAUUGGAAGGAGUUUUUGUUAAUUCAGGAGACAACCCUUUUGAUCUCCUCAAGGAUUCAAUAAAGAUAUUGGCCAAACAUAAGGGUACAUUUAGUCACCUGGAAAACAAGAAGAUUCCUGCACACUUAGACUGGUUUGGAUGGUGCACUUGGGAUGCUUUUUACACUGAUGUUACUCCAACUGGAAUCAAACAAGGUCUUCAAAGUUUUAAAGAAGGUGGAAUUUCUCCGAAAUUCUUGAUCAUAGACGACGGAUGGCAAUCAACGGUCAACGAAUUUCGGAAAGAAGGCCAACCAUUAAUAGAAGGAACACAAUUCGCAACCAGAUUGGCAGAUAUUAAGGAAAACAGCAAGUUUAAGGUUUCCGAAGAAUCGAACGGUUCUUGCUCGAAUCUCAAAGAUCUUAUCCAUGACAUCAAACAAAAUUAUGGCCUAAAAUAUGUUUAUAUGUGGCAUGCAUUAGCCGGUUACUGGGGCGGAGUUCUUACAUCAUCGGAAAACCUCAAGAAAUACAACCCGAAACUCGAGUAUCCCGUUCAAUCGCCUGGCAAGAUCGGAAACAUACGAGAUAUAGCAAUGGACAGCUUGGAAAAAUACGGAGUUGGAUUAAUCGACCCUACAAAAAUCCGCGAUUUUUACAACGACAUGCAUAGCUAUCUUGCCGACUGCGGCGUCGACGGCGUUAAGGUUGACGUCCAGAACCUUCUAGAAACUUUGGGGGCCGGAUAUGGCGGAAGAGUCUCGAUUACGAAACAAUACCACGAAGCUUUAGACGAGUCUAUAGAAAAGAACUUCGUCGACAAUAACUUGAUUUGCUGCAUGUCUCAUAAUUCCGACUCGAUUUUCACCUCGAAGAAGAGUGCAACUGCAAGAGCAUCGGAAGAUUUCAUGCCGAACGAGCCGAGUUUUCAGACGUUGCAUAUAGCUUCGGUGUCGUUCAAUAGUCUUCUCUUAGGUGAAGUUGUUGUACCAGACUGGGAUAUGUUUCAUAGCAACCAUGCAACUGCCGAGUUUCAUGGAGCAGCAAGAGCGUUGGGUGGAUGUCCCGUCUACGUAAGUGACAAACCGGGAAAACAAGAUUUCGAAAUUCUCAAGAAACUAGUUCUAGCCGAUGGAUCGAUAUUAAGGGCUAGAUACGCAGGACGUCCUACACGCGAUUGCCUGUUUAUCGAUCCUGUCAUGGAUGGAAAGAGCUUGCUCAAGAUAUGGAACUUGAAUAAGCUAACAGGAGUAGUGGGAGUUUUCAACUGCCAAGGCGCGGGCACUUGGCUGAUGAAGCAAGCACAAGAGUCAACCCAAAAGUCAAACAUUCCCCUCUCGGGCGGUGUGGGCCCCACUGAUGUCGAAUACCUUGACGAGAUCGCAGGGGAAACUUGGACCGAAGAAUGUGCUUUAUAUGCAUUUAACAAAGGAUCCCUUUUCAGAGUACCGAAGAACAAAACUAUUGAAGUGUCGUUAGGCGUGUUAGAGUGCGAAAUAUUCACCGUUUCCCCGAUAAAAAUAUUGAAGGAGAACGUACGUUUUGCGCCUAUCGGGCUGAUAAAAAUGUACAACUCGGGAGGAGCGGUUGAAGACUGUACGUACGAGGAUGUAAUAAAAAUCAAGGCGAGAGGGUGUGGAGUGUUCGGAGCUUAUUCGAGUGAGAAACCGAGUUGUUGUAAGGUAGACAAUAAAGAAGAGGACUUCACUUACAGUUGUGAGGAUGGACUGUUGACUUUCAACCUUCGAAACGACGAAAGCAGAAGCUUUACGGAGAUCGAAAUUGUGUAUUAAGACACGUGUUAUAAAAGAUAAGCAUAACGACCACCUUUUUAAAAAUAGAAUUACAUAUUUUUUGAUGUAAAAAAAAAUCAGCAGAAGAGAGGGUAUGUGGACUAUUUGCAGCAUGUUCAAGUGAAAAACAAGUUGUUACAAGGUCGACAAGAAAGAAGACGACUUCACUUGGAACGCCGAUCACGAAAUUUGGAGCACCGAUCACGAAAUGGGCUAUUUUUUGCAAAAUUCUCGUCGAAAUUGUGUGUGUUCCAUUCCCACGUGUUUUAGUAGGGUGUUUUUUUUUCCUUCUUUCUUUCUCGAGAAACACGCGGAACAUAUUAUUAAUCAUAAAUGUUUUCCGAAAUUUGAAUUUAUGUGGAGUUUCUGCCGAAAUAGAAGGUAUUUUACCUCAAAUCUUUCUAUUGCGAAAACUCCUACUAUUAGAGUAGAGGUCUAGGGUUCGAAUCAUGUCCCCCUCCCCGAUUUCCCCAAUUUGUAACAAGAUUCGAAUUUCUCAACAAAAAGAAAAUGACGAUUCACAAUGGCAGG